AUGAUUGAAGAUAUUCAGGGAAUGAAUUUUUCACACACUAAGUUCAUAUUUGUGGGAUUUCCAGAAACCUACAAGUACAGGCAUCUAUUUUCUUUUCCACUUUUCCUUUCAUACUUUAUUAUAUUAGCUUGUAAUUCAACAUUGAUCUAUGUCAUACGAAUUACGGAUAGUCUCCACAGCCCAAUGUACAUGCUAGUUGCUGGGUUAUGUGUUGUUGAUAUGGUUGUAGCUACAACUAUUGUACCAAAUAUGCUCCUAAGCUUCAUUUUUGACUUGAAUGAAAUUUCAUUAGCUGGCUGUUUAACGCAAAUGUUUUUCACGCACUUCCUGUCCUCAGUGGAAUCUACUAUUCUACUGGCAAUGGCUGUUGACCGAUACGUAGCCAUAUGUUAUCCACUUCGUUAUGCUGAAAUCAUAAACGUGUCCAUGUUCUUUAAAUUGCUUGUUUUCACUGUCAUAAGGAGUGGCUCUAUGAUGUUGACCCUGGUUGGACUAGCAGGUUCUUUGUCUUUUUGUGGUUUAAACAUCAUCAGGCACUGCUACUGUGACCACAUGGCUCUUGUUAGCCUGGCUUGUGGCAGCACUGCUAAAAAUGAUGCCAUGGGACUCGCUGUGAUUGUAUGUUUUGUGGGGAUUGAUAUAUCUGUAAUCAUCUAUUCAUAUAUAAAGAUUUUGACUGCAGUCUUGAGAGCAGCAGUGGGGGAGAACAGGUGGAAAGCAUUCCACACUUGUGGCACUCACCUUAUAGUAAUGAGUUGUUUCUAUUUUGUGGGCAGUGUUACUUUUCUGUCCCACAACCUAAAUAUUCCUAUUCCGACAGAUGUAAACACCUUUUUGGGGGUGAUGUACAUUGUUUUUCCAGCAAGUAUCAAUCCAAUAAUAUAUGGAGUCCGAACUAAAGAAAUUAGAAAAGGUAUUUUAAAUAUGUUUAGAAAAAGGAGAGUUAGCAAAGUCUUUUCUGUAAGAAUAUCUAGUAUUAAUGUGUGA